CAGCUGAGGAAGUCUAAUUUUCAGCCCUUGGAGGUAUAAACAUGAGUCAUAAUAAAUCUUGUAACUGCUGUGGGUCAUUUUAGAGAAGAAAAACUCUGCACUGCAUUUCUUUUGAAAUUAAGCUGCUCUCCAGGAGAAGAUAAGGAAGAUUUUGCUGUCUGUUCAGGGCUCUCCUCUGGGACCAAAGAACAUAGCAAAAUUUUUCACAUGAAGGAAUCAUUCCUGCAGAGUAGUUUCACUGUCCAUGUCGGCUGAAAAAAUUCAGGUUCUGCCUGGCAUACUGCAGAAGCAUUGCUGCAUUUUACCUGACAGGAACACAGAGUCACAGUGUACACUCUGUGGGGAGCCUGAAGAUUUGGAUUCUCUAACAGGGCAUGCAUUUCCAGACCAGCAGUACUCAUGGUCACCUUCUCAGCACUUCAAUGAAGAAAGAUACUCUCCUGCUGCGAGGAAUAUGAAAGGAUUAUCUGGUAGUCGCAAUCAACCACAGUUAUGUUCAGCUCAUACUUGUGGCUUAGCAUCCCCUGAAGAUUGUGAACACACCCACGACCAUAUCCACCAUGGGCAGGAGCCAAGGCAGUCGUAUCUUCUCAGCCCCACGGAGAGUUGCCCGCUGGAUCACCAUCGUUGCUCUCCCCGCAGCUCCAUUCAUUCUGAGUGCAUGAUGAUGCCCAUGGUAAUGGGCGAUCACAUGUCAAGUAGCACUUUCCCCAGAAUGCACUACAGCUCACAUUACGACUCGAGAGACGACUGCACCAUGUCUCACGGUAACCCUAAGAUUAACCGUAUUCCUGCAAAUCUUUUGGACCAAUUUGAGAAACAACUUCCUCUUCACCGGGAUGGGUUUCACACUUUACAGUACCAGAGGACCUCAACAGCUGCGGAACAACGCAGUGAGAGCCCGGGAAGAAUACGCCAUCUUGUUCAUUCCGUCCAGAAACUUUUUACUAAAUCGCAUUCUCUGGAAGGAUCAUCCAAGGGCAAUGUUAAUGGAACAAAGGGAGACAGUCGAGGGGACGAUCAUCAUCAUGGGCACCAUUCCAAGCAUAGCAAAAGGAGUAAAAGCAAGGAGCGAAAACCAGAAAGCAAGCAUAAAUCUGGAAUGAGUAGCUGGUGGAGCUCUGAUGAUAAUUUGGACAGUGAUAGCACUUACAGAACCCCUAGUGUGGUAAAUAGGCACCAUGCAGAUCAUAUAUCCCAUUGUUAUCCUGAGGCACUCCAGGGGCAUUUUGGGGAUCUCUCAUUGAAGACUUCCAAAAGUAACAAUGAUGUGAAGUGUUCGGCUUGUGAAGGGCUACCAAUGACCCCUGAUAGUAAAUAUAUGAAAAGGAGUUCUUGGUCAACGCUUACAGUAAGCCAGGCUAAAGAAGCUUAUCGCAAAUCAUCACUGAACUUAGAUAAGCCUCUGGUUCAUCAGGAAAUCAAACCUUCUUUGAGGCCGUGCCAUUACCUUCAGGUACCUCAGGAUGAAUGGGCAGGAUACCCGGCUGGUGGGAAAGAUGAAGAGAUCCCCUGCAGAAGAAUGAGAAGUGGGAGCUAUAUUAAGGCCAUGGGAGAUGAAGAAAGUGGAGACUCUGAUACUAGCCCCAAGACAUCACCAAAAUUAACGGUUCGACCGGAGUCAUUAUUAAAAUCCAUUGGACAACGACCCCUGGGAGAUCAUCCAAAUCAGAGCUACCUUCAAACUGCAAGUGACGUGCCUGGGGGUCACAACCUGGAUCCCUCUGCAAACUACAAUUCCCCAAAGUUUCGCUCAAGGAAUCAGAGCUAUAUGAGAGCAGUGAGCACGCUCAGUCAGGCCAGCUGUGUUAGUCAGAUGAGUGAAGCAGAGGUUAAUGGGCAAUUUGAAUCGGUGUGUGAAUCAGUGUUUAGUGAAGUUGAAGCUCAGGCAAUGGAUGCCCUUGACCUCCCUGGAUGUUUCCGAACAAGAAGCCACAGUUACUUGCGUGCCAUUCAGGCAGGUUAUUCCCAAGAUGAUGAAUGUAUACCCGCGCUGACAUCUUCCAACAUCACCUCAACUAUCAGGUCAACCACAGCUGUAACUUAUACAAGUUACAAAAAAACACCACCACCGGUACCCCCUCGUACCACUUCCAAGCCUCUGAUCUCAGUCACGGCACAGAGCAGCACAGAAUCCACCCAGGAUGCCUAUCACGACAGCCGGACUCAGAGGAUAUCCCCGUGGCCGCAGGACGGGCGAGGGAUGUACAACUCCACCGACAGUUUGGACAGCAACAAGGCCAUGAAUCUGGCCUUGGAGACUGCAGCCGCACAGCGCCACGCGGCCGAGGGCCAGAGCACCUCCAUACGGACCAGCGACAAGGCCAUUUUAGUGACAAAAGCAGAGGAGUUUCUUAAGAGUCGGCGUUCCUCUAUAGGGAUUCAGGUGGAAACAGCAACUGACUCAGACACUGAAAGCAGAGGCCUACGGGAAUACCACUCUGUUGGAAUACAAGUGGAAGAUGAAAAACGGCACGGACGAUUCAAGCGCUCAAACAGUGUAACAGCAGCUGUCCAGGCUGACCUGGAACUGGAGGGUUUUCCAGGACACAUCACCAUGGAAGACAAGGGACUUCAGUUUGGCUCGUCAUUCCAGCAGCACUCAGAGCCCAGUACACCCACCCAGUAUAGUGCAGUGAGAACUGUACGGACACAGGGACUGUUCAGUUACAGAGAAGAUUAUAGGACCCCAGUUGACACAACAAACCUUCCACCACCAGAACCCUGGCUGGAGCCUGCCAUUGAGACAGUAGAGACUGGUCGAAUGUCACCUUGUCGACGGGAUGGAUCUUGGUUUAUGAAGUUACUACAUACUGAAACUAAGAGAAUGGAAGGAUGGUGCAAAGAAAUGGAAAGAGAAGCAGAAGAAAAUGAUCUUUCUGAAGAAAUUCUAGGUAAGAUCCGAAGUGCUGUUGGAAGUGCUCAGCUCCUCAUGUCUCAGAAAUUCCAGCAAUUUUAUUGGCUUUGUCAGCAAAAUCUGGACCCGAGUGCCAUGCCGAGACCAACUUCCCAGGACCUAGCAGGUUUCUGGGACUUACUGCAGCUCUCAAUUGAAGACGUCAGCAUGAAGUUUGAUGAACUGCACCAGUUGAAACUCAAUGAAUGGAAAAUAAUAGAAUCACCUGAAAGGAAGCCAACGGGUUGGUGGAUGGAAGAAAGAAAGAUUCCUCCUCCUGUACCAAAGAAGCCCCCAAAAGGAAAAUUCCCUAUCACAAGAGAGAAAUCUCUGGACCUACCCGACAGACAGCGACAAGAAGCUAGAAGACGGCUGAUGGCUGCCAAGCGAGCAGCCUCUUUCCGGCAGAAUUCAGCCACAGAACGUGCAGACAGCAUCGAGAUCUAUAUCCCAGAGGCUCAAACACGGCUUUAAAGACAGAAUGCUGCAGAGUUCCUUUUUUAAAAAAAAUGCUUGUACAGUUUGUCACUUACCUGGUAAUUUUUGUCUCAUUCUCUCCACUAAAUAUGCCCUUGCUGUUGUGUUCUUUGUGCCAUAAGCACAGUGGAAUGCUUUUGAUUUCCUCAGAAUUUGCUGAGCUCACCGCAAGAAUGACUUCUUUUUGUAUUGUCUGACUUACAAUCAGCUACAAUGGAUAGGGCUUGUCAAGACCUGACUUAUCCAAUAUAUUCUCAGAGGACAACAAGAAACACCUCUUGAGAUGGAACCCAGCUUACUUUUUUGUUAUUUAUAUUUUUAUAAAAUGUGUGAUAAUUAGGGAUAAGAAUUACAAACUAUAAAUGGGUGCAUCUCACCAUUCACUAGAGGCAUUAGCUAAUCCAAGUAGAAGGUGCUACAAAUGUAAAGAGCAGGAAAGAAAGAACCCAUUUAUCUCUUUGACCUCCAGUUUCUUUUCCUAGAACCCAGCUAACAUAUUUACCCAUGUGCUCUGCCACUCUUUUCAUCUUUGUUACUGCAAAAUAACAUUAGGCGUCUCAUCUCAUGUCAAGUUUCUGGAGAUGAACAGGGAUACCCAGCCACUAAAACUCCAAAGUUCAUCAGAAACUAAGAAGCAUACAAGUCCGGUGGUGGUGGGAAUGUCCACUAAGAAACAUUUGCUGUUAGCAGCAUAACGACACUCUGAAACCUAAGCAAAAUUGUAAUGCAAGAGGACUUGAAUGAUGGGUGAAAGGAAAACAGAAGCCUUAAAAAGUUAGAUCUUCUGUAGUAAGAUGUGUAAAGAAAAAGUUAUACUCGCUCCUUUGCAACACUCAUUGCAUUCUUAACAUUUCUUUUACAUGUUAACAUUUAUUUUAUAAACCUUCUCUCUUUCAUUUCAAGAGCCGUGCUACAUGUACUGUUUAAAACUCUCAAAUUGUUAUAACAAUUGAGUUUCCAGGGUAUCCUUGAGAACAGAAAAUCUUGCUUGUUUAAAAUGCCAGUUGUGAUGUUGUAAACAGUUUAAGAAAUAUGAAUGUGAGUGGUAAGUAUAUAUAAGUUUAAAUGGUUAUGUUAAGGUAAAGGUGAACUGUGGUUUACAGUUGUAUUUUUUUUUAGAACUAUUUUUCUAUGCAGUAUCAUUUAUGGCAAGAAUAAACUUCUUGCUUGCUUCAGACAUAGAAAAAAAACAUGACUCGAGAGAUAAGAGCUUUCCAGCCAGGAAAUAUAAGGAAAAUAAUAUAUUUUCAAGCCUCACAUUGUCAGGAGAGAAGUGGCAACUUCCACAGCCAAGAGGCUUUAAUUUAAAACAAAUUAAGACAGAAUUAUUCCACUUCACCUACCUUCCAGAGCCAACUGAGCAAUCCAGCACUUAAAAGUCUUCAGGUGAAGACGCAAUAAGAUGAGUAACCUGCAGCCCCCAGUUCCAAGGUUUGAAUCCUACUGAACACAACUUUAGGUCAAAACAGUGUGAACCCAGUGAGACAAACAGCCCCAGCUACCACAUUCCCUGUUUACCUGCUUUAACAAAUGCAAUGCAUUUAGCCAUAGGCAGAACUACUAUUUAAUUAUACUUGAGCACUUUGGUUCUUCACCUGAUGAGCACUUUAAAUACGAAUCCCACACACCUUGCAGCCUGAUGGAUGACUGAAAACAUGAAGUAUUGUAGGUUAUGCAGAUCUGACAUUGCUUCAAAUCUGUUUUCUUUUGUUUGCUUUUUUUCUUUUUCCUUCUCUUUUUCCUACAGUGUAUGUUAUUAAGCAUGACUUCUGUCUUUGGAGCACAGAUGAUAAAGCAUGCUUGGCUUCAAGAUACGAAUCUUUAGAGAUGAAGUUUUGAGAAGUUUCUUUGAGAAGAAACCCCUGUAAAUUGAGCCUGAUAUCUGGUGUAUACUUUACCAAAUAGCCUUAAAUUAUAUUUGGAAGCAAAAACCAAGACGAAUGUAUAUCCUUCAAGAAUGCAAAAAAAAAAAAAAAAAAAAGAAAAAAAAAAAAAAUAAAUCCCUGAAAUAUUCUUCUAUACAUGAAAACAUUAUAUUUCCCUUCCCUUGCAUUUUCAAGGCAUUUUCUAUUAUGGAAAGAGCUGAAUCCUAGGUAGUGUACAAUAUUGAUGCUACUUCCUAUAGUUGUUGUACUAUUUUAAAUACAAAAGUACAUGCAGACACUGGCAUCUUCAGCCUUGAAAACUAGUAUCCUAAAGUGGAGCUGCUAAUUGGAAAUAUCCACACAAAACCAAAGUCAGUGUCUUUCCUAGACUGAAGAAAUUUAAAAGAGAAACACACACACCUGUACAACAUAUAUAUAUAUGACAGCUGAUAUGUUUUAUCUAAUUUUCCUGUACACUUUGAGGAGAAAUCACAUUUGCCUUACUCGCUUGAACCCUCUCACCUGCAGCAACAGGUCAUGCGAUUAAGACAGGCUGUACCUGAUCCUGCUAGCAAUCAGACUUUAUGAAGAUAAAUUGUAAACCCAAGAGAUUGCAGAUAAGCUGAGAUCCCAGCUGGCCUAAUGAUGCAGACUUGGAGCAGUCUGUGUUUUACAUUUCCCAUACCUUUAUGAGAAAAUGUUCAAUGGAAGAUUUAGAAAUCUAUGAUUGCUGUUUGUUAGACCUUGGUUAGAAAAAAAAUUAUUAAAAAAAAACCAAACAACAAAAAAACCCCAACAAAAAACAGCAACCAGAAAGAAUCAAAAGUAAACUAGAUGCCUACUGAAAAAUCUGAUAAUAUGUUAUUUGUGCACAUUACAUUUUGAAGUGCAAUAUAUUAACUUAUUGUUGUGGUAAAAUUGUAUCAUUUAAGGCAAAUAAACCAUUUCUAUUUACGUAUUGUACAUCUGGUUAGUUUAGAAAAAUAACAUUAUGCUUAUCAUACUUGUGUUGCAAAUAAAUCAGUCAGGUUGCUUCACUAUAUGACAUGAGAAACACUGCAUGUAGCAUCAUAAUAAACAUUUAACCAGAACGAUUUUAAUCUGAUCCCACAUCAUAAAAAUAAAAUUCAGUUACAAAAACAACAUAGGAGGAACAUAAAUAAACAGAAAGAUAGGAACUGGAAUACUUUCUGCUUUGAGUUCAUGAUGUAGACCCACACAGAACAGCUGGAUACAGCCAAAUAAUCUAGUGUUUAAUUAAAUAUUAAUUGGACUAAUAUUUAUUUUAACCCAUUAAAAUUAUAGAAUGUCCCUGUUCAUUUAGUCAUUACCUGUAAAACACAAGUAUAAUAAACAAAAUUCAGAAAAUUUAAAUAAAGAAAAAGUUCUGACUGGUAAAAUUGUUGAUAUUUGCCAUAUUUAUUUUUUGCUUUGUAUAUCUUUUUAGAUUUUAAAUUCUUUGUAAUUUGGUGAAGUACAUUAUGAAGUAUUUUAUUAUUUUAUGUCAACCUGAUUAGAAUGGCCUUUGGCAGACUGCUAAGACUAAAAAUGUUGUACAGUUUAAUACCAAAAAAUGAUAUUUUAAUUCAUACUUAAACCUUGACACUAUGUUAGAUUUGAGAUCAAUCAGGAAGGAAUUAAAGUGUGCAUAGGAAAGUGUGUGGAUUUCAUAUAUAUGGAUAGAUAAACAUAAGAUACAUUUCAUAUAAUGGAAAUUAUUUGUUUUGAAAUAACCCCAUGUCCUGCUGUAUCAGUAAAUUAGUACUCUACUUCUUCAGCACUCCAUCUAGUAUAAAGUGAAGGACUGUUUGGUCAUUGGGAGGUUUUGCUAGGAAAAGGAGUAACUGCUACAUGAUGGUGCCACAUGUGAUGUGCCCUACGUGACCCGCAGUCUCCUCGUGCCCUGCAGGAGCAGUGCCCUUGAGAGGCUCCUGGUCCCAUAGCACCUCAGGCAACACUGCCACUCUGUCCCAGGCCCUCUCCAUGCAAGUUCCCCCUGGCCCCCUCUCCUAGAGCAAUGUGCCUCCAGAUCAGCCCAGCUCAGCCUUUUGCGUUCAAAGCCUUGAGCCUGCCCUGUGCAGUCGGUGGGUUUGAUGUCCUCCUCAGCAUUUCAGCAAUGGCACCGGGGGCAGGGGGCACACUGGGGGCUCACCCAUCAAGGGUUGGUUUGUGCUUUCAAUUUUAGCUCUGAAGCUGGUUUGGCAGCUCCAGGUGUCAAGCUGUGAAACAGAAGCCUCAGCAUUAGAGACGUAAUUGUGAAGCAAUGUUAUUCCCAUUACUGUUCCUAGAGCAUCUUAUGAUGUAGGGAUAACACCCACAUUUGAGAUGAGGAAUAUCAGCACAUGUGUCUAGAGAGGUGCUUCCUGGUGUAUGACAGGUUGACACCCGCAUUUAUACAGUGCCUUUCAUCCAGAAGGAUCUCCAAGCACUUUACUAGCCAACACACAAACUCCAGGUUGGGCUGCAGCUGGGGCAGGGAACCCAGCAUGGCGGGAUGCUGGGGGUUCUCCCACCUGUUCCCAUGCUGCUGGGGAGUUCCCUUCCACAGCACCCUUCCAGCACCUGGGAGGACCCUCACAAUCUGAGCCUGUGCUGAAGGAGAAGCAAAGAUUAGCUGAACUGAGAGGAAGACCUGAGCAAAGCAGAGAUGAGGGCAGUCCUCAUACCAUCUCUCCAGGGAGUAGGAAGGGAGUGAUGAGCACCAAAUUAACCUUCCAGAACAAUCGCUGCUUCUUCUGUUCAUGAUGAUGGCAGUGAGGUCCCUGCAGUGGAGGAGCUCCCUGGGAGGAGACCCCUGGUCCGCGCCAGGCUCAGGAGCUGAUGGCGCCUGCAACUGAGCCCUCUUGGUCAGCAGUCUUGGCAAGUCUCCCCUCACAAGUGCAUUUUCCCCCGCUUUCUUAGCAGGAGAGCAGGAGAGAUCCAUCUGGGGUACAUGCUUCAAAAGCAGCCUUCCCCAAACACCCUGUUCUCUCCCUGGGUCUGCCCUCCAGCCCAGCUAACAUGAGGGAUGAUGUGGGGCACAGGACUUAGGCAUGAUAAUUGUGCUUUAGUCUGGGCAACUGCUCUUUAAUGAGACUCAGCUCUAACCCUAAGGGUUCUUUAUAUGGCAGAGCAAUGGGGACACCUCUCUCUGCAUGGACAGGAUCAGCAGAGAAGCCACCAUUUCAUACUGCACAGAACAGAAAGAGAACAUAUACAUAUGUCUAUAUAUAUAGAAAAUUUUCAUUGCCAUGGUCCCAGACAGCUGGUCCCAGGAAUGUUCCUGUAGAUUGUGCCACUUUCUUGCAGCUCAUCCUCAACACUGAUGGCCAUGGCAGGUUCCCUGCCUACUGCAGCCCCAUGGCCCAUCAGCAACUAUUCACCGUGUUCAGCUCCAGGGACAAUUUUUUGGGAACAGCUGUUUUAUGGCAUACUCGUAUGCACUCACAGAGUCCUGUCAGGAAUUAAGCCCUCUGUAUCCAAGAAAUUGCUUACUUUAUCUCUGAAAUGCAGCUACCUCAAUGGCGUAAUAUUGUAGCUGUUUAACUACAUGAUAGGCUGUUCAGGACAGCAAGUGUAAAACCAAAAUUGAGAUGGAACAUUGCCCAAAAGAAAAUUUGGCCAGCAUAUUUAGGCUGAUGCAGCUCCUCUUAAUGAAAUAAAAUUCCAAUAGCUGCAAGAGGCCAUGUCAUUCAUAAUUGAAUGUCUUUUCCAACAUAAAUGAUUCUAUGAUUUUAUAUCAAAAAAUGUAUUCCAGAUGUCUUCUCAUUAAAUGCAUAUCACUUUUCUUAAAAGAUGAUUGCAGAAGAAGACUUCAUGUUCACAGAUCCACCUUUCCACACUCAGCUUUUCUCCUAUUAUCCGUCAUUACUGAAAAAGAACUGGACUUUUGAAGUCGGAUCAUAGAUAAGGUAAAUUAGUAGGUCUACACGGCUUGCUUUUUGACUGAGCAAACACAGAACAGUUUUCAAUAGUUGGCAGUUUAAUUCUAUAUUUUAUUAAGGCCAAAUUGUUAUUUUUCUAAGUUGGUUUUGUUGGACAGGAUUUUUUACUUCUCUAGGUACAAAACCACAAAUAUUUUCACCUAAGCUUAAAUGAGGGGGAGGCUUAUUUGGAUGUAUGGUCAUUAUUUACCAACACAGCCUGUUAGUGAGGAAUUUUCUUCUCCUUCCUUUGCCAUUCUUUCAUUUCCCAUUCCUAAAGCUCAACUGUCAUACAAAUUUCUUAUUUGUGAGACGGAUUAUUGCAGAGCUUAGGGCUAAGUUCUGUUCCCACUUGUAUUAGAAUCAAAGCUAAGAAACUGAAACCCGAAAGAAAUGUCAGAUCUGAAUCAGUAUAACUCAGAUCAAUAUCUGACUCAGCAAGACCUGCUGAGGUAGGAAGGACUCAUCAGUUGAGUUAGUGGGUGCAUCAUUUCUUUGCACGAUCUCGUUCUUCCUUUCACGUAGAUUGCAAUCAAGCAGAGAGUUUGGUAGUAGGUUCAAGUGUCUGCAGGCAGUCCUCACAAAGAAAUGCUAGCUUUGUUUAUAAUUACCCAUGGAAUCCACAUGCUCAUAUCCAUGCUUUGAUUUACCCCUUUGGAGGUUUAACAGUAUGGCCAUCUUGUGUUAAAAGGGCUCAGCAUGUAUGUAAUGUUUAGUUCAAUUUAUAUAUUAAUUUCCUGACUGAAGAUAAAUUCCCUUUCAAGUAGCCUGGCUUAUAUGCUCUAGAACUGUUCUUUCCUGAAGAAAAGCCACUAUGGCUGUGCAGGAUUUUCUGUACAGAGACAAAACUCAUACUUUCAUUUACCAAGUGACAUGCCAAAAUAAUCAAGUGUGGCCUAAGGACUAAAUUAAAUGCCUCCUAUAGAAUUUCAAGGAAUGUUAGAACCAGGAAACUAGCUGUUUAGUUAUCAUUAAAAGUAUAUAUAAAUAUAUAUAAAUAUAUAUAUACAUAAGAAAUCGUAUCAACAAUGAGGAUGAACUGAGUGCCAAAUAUUCACCAUCUGUAUAAAGCUACACUUCACUAGAAUUAAACUAUUUUAUGUAAUUCUCUUUCUCAUGCUUUUAUGGUUCUUUUGAUAAAUUCUAUUUAGUAGCAUGCAGGAUACCUAAAUUGAAUGUACAGUAUGUUGUUUCAUUGCUACAAUAAUUUCUCGCUUCUCAGUAAUAUCUUCUUUACCAGAAUGUUAUUUGUUACUUUGAAGACAUAUUUGAAAAUUGUUUUAUUAUUGAGUUAUUCUUUUUUCAUGGUUCUCUACUCACCUCCAGCUGAUUGUAAGAAAAUGUGCUUCACUAUUUUGCCCCAUGGCUCUUUUAUGAAGCUGCCUCUUUCAAUUGGUUUAUGUAUUGUUUAUGUUCAUCUCCUGUAAAUAAUUCUGCAAUUAAAUUUUUUGAGAAAAAA